AUGUCCGAGUCAAGGUCGAAAUCUCCCCAGGAUGGAGAGAAUGGUGGAUCUUCGGGAGCACAGGACGACAAGCCCCGCCUGACCGAGGAGGAAAAGAAGCAGAAUCAUAUCGCAUCAGAACAAAAGCGUAGAGAAGCAAUCAGAGCUGGGUUCGACCGUCUAUGUGACCUCGUUCCUGGCUUGGAGGGACAUGGCCGUUCCGAGGGCUUUGUUCUCAAGGAGACGGUCAAAUAUGUGAGAGAACAAUUGGCCCGGCGUCGUGAACUGGUCGAAGCCGCUGAGGCGCGAGGAGUCACGGUACCAGAACAUCUUAAAGAGUAA